AUGGACGUUCAGGGGGACAGGUGUGUCCCCGCUGCACGUGACGCUGUUAUAUUAGAUCAGUGACUGACGCAGACUCACAGAACCGGAGUCCCAUCAGGUAACAUCAGAUUCAUCCCGCCAUCAGAGCAGCAGACGGUCCGCAGUCACGUGGUUCACCUGUAGGGUUAACCCUUUAAUCAGAGCUAGAACCCACCGGAACACACCUGCUGAGAGACACCUGCUGAGAGACCACCUGACCGCGCAGGUUUUAUGAGUGCAGCUGGAGCUGAAGCAGGACGUGAACGUGUUUUCUGACCCCGGAACAGGCAGUUUCACAGCUCGGCAGGUGUCUCAGGUGUUGGACGCGGCACGGAGGAGCUCCGCACGAUGACUCAGCCUCCUCCACCUCCCGUCCCGAAGCCUCGAGCUCGCUACAUGAGGGACAGCGUGAGCUCCCUCUCCUCUUUGGACAGAGAGCUGAUUGGUGAAGAUGAACAUGCAGUGCUCUCUAAUGGAGUUCACCUGAGCACAGAUGAAGAUGCUCCUUCUCCUCCUCUCGGUGGAUCGGACCGUGGCAUCUACCCUACUCUGGCCAGCGUCACUGACCUCAUCGCCACCAAUAUCCCGUCAUUGGCUGGAUUUGCCACCUCUAUUUGUGGCUCCGCCCCCAUCCCCUCUGCCCCCUUGGCACCCCCCUCCAUAGACAGCAUGGCUAAUAACAUCGCUGCCCACAUACCUAGCUUAGCAGGAGCAGCUAGCAGCGUAGCUUACCCAGCUGCUGCGGAGUUAAUCUCCGCCUCCACCACCACACUCACACCUGCUUCUGGCACAGGUGCUGCUAGCUUAGACAGCAUCUUUAGCUCAUUAGCUAACAUACCCAGUUUAGCAGGCAUUGUUAGCAGUGUGGCUAACCCAGCCGUUAGCUCAGUCAUAACCCCGGCCAUCCCACCAGCCACGCUGCCCUCUGCUGAUAAACCCUGCCCCCCCUCAACGCCAAGGAUGGGAGACGCUAACACAGAUGUUGGAGCUUUGUCACAGCUGGUGAUGUCGACUUUAGACCAGGAUGAAGGAGUCACGUUACCUUCACUAGAUGAAGCUGCUGAGCCAGCGGAGGAAGGUACUGAAGUUUUUAAACAGAGUCCUCACCCCAUCAGAAAGGAGACCCCUUACGUCACAGUGUUGGCCUGCUGGGCGAGCCAAGACGAGGCUGACACAGACUCAUCCAAUGAGGAGGAAGGUGCGGGAGUUAGCCCCGCCCCCUCUGGUGCCAAUGGACCAACGGAAGGAGAUCCUGCUUCUAACCCGUCUUUAAACACCAACAACCUCACGUCGAAUUCUUCAGGUCGCCUGGUCCCCACUCGGGCGGCACCGCCCCCUCCUCGUGCUGCUGACCAACCAGCAAGGCCCCUGAAGCAGAAGAUCCCGAGAGCGGCCACCAUCCGAGUGUCCAGGAAGAAGCCGGUCAGCAGGGGUUCGAUUCGGCAGGGCGCCGUGGUCAGAUCCAGCUGGCUGGAUGUCUGGAAGGGCUUCAGACACAAUGUUUUAUGGGCGACGUUGGACGGACAACUGAUGUCUCUGUGGAAAAAACGCACAGACCAGUUCAGUGAGUUGCUGUUUCAUGUCUCCAGCAUCACCAACGUGAAGAAAGGGGACAAACGCAGAUUCUCCAUUUACUUCAAGAAGAAACAUUAUGACUUCAUGGCUCAUAAUGAUGAGGUUCAUGAAGGCUGGGUCACGUCCCUGCUGGCGUGUCGAGGCCAGCCAAGCGCCGCACCCCCAGAGCUCCACGGACAAAUCACAAUGAAGGACACGCGGAGCCGCGCCUACGCCGCCGUUUGGGGUCACGACCUCUGGAUUUACCCCAACAAGGAGGGCUUCCAGCUGGGCAUCGCCUCCUUCUCCGUCCCCCUGAACGUGGCCUCAGUCAAGCCUAUAGGGAAACACUCGUUUUCCCUCAUCACACCAUACAAGAGCUUCAACCUGUCUGUUGAUUCGUCAAAGGAUCUGUCCAUGUGGAUGGACAAACUGUCCUCGUAUAUCCUCAGCGCCCUGUCCUGCAGCCAGGUGACGAUGCGUUUGUGGGAAAACCCCGACAACAAAGUGUGCGCCGACUGCGGCUCGGCCAAUCCUGAGUGGGCGUCGGUCAACCUGCUGCUGGUCAUCUGUCCGGCCUGUGCAGGUCAGCAUCGAGCUCUGGGGAUCAGGCUGUCGAAGGUCCGCAGUCUGACGAUGGACAACAAGAUCUGGACUGAACCACUCAUACAGCUGUUUGUUAACUACGGUAACAGCCUGGCCAAUCAGGUGUGGGCUCCAGCGGUGCCGGCGGCGGAGCGGCUGCGUCCGGAGUCGUCGGACAAGCAGAGGUCAAAGUUCAUCCAGGAUAAAUACAGCAGGGGGCGCUACAGACGAGUCCACGCUCUGACCUCCUCACCCUCUCAGAUGGAUCAGAGGCUGCGUCAGGUGGUCUUAGGAGACGACGUAGGAGAAACGAUGUCGCUGAUCUGCUCGGGAGCAAAGGUGUGUCAGUCAGACCCUCAGAGCCCCUCCCCCAUCAUGCUGGCUGAGAAGGCCGGUCAGGCUCUGCAGACCCAGCUGCUCCGGCUCAACGAGUACACAGAGUUCCCGCCUCACCGGCCACAGUCAGCCAAUAGGAGACCUGACCCCGCCCCCUCAGGUGAGGAAGAGGAGGAGCUUCAUGGAAAACUGGAAGAAGAUCGUUUUCUGUUCUCAUUGGAAAACGACUCGGCAGCGUGCGACGUCCUCGACCUGCGAGAAGUUCUGUCCGUCUUCAUUAAAGACGGACCAGCUCAUGAGUUUGAGAUGGUGACGCUGAGCGAUCAGCUGGCCUGUGCCGCUGACAACAACGAGGCACUGCUGGAUCACCUGGUCCACAUACUGAAGGUGAUUCUCCCACCUGGCGUGUCUUAUGCGGAGGUGUGCGGGGCUUCUGCUGUCAGUAAAGUGUGUGUCGUUGAAGUGGGCGGAGCCUCUACUCAGUCUGACUCCUGGUUGUUGCUGUGGGAGGACGGCAUCAGUGUUUACCCCGUCCACAGACAGACACGGCAGACUCUGAGGAUGGAACUGAGCAUGCUCAGUCACCAGGAAAUGGAUCUAUCUGAAAACAUUAUCACCAUGGUGACUGCAGACAGGACCGUGUCGCUGCGUUUUGAGGAGCAGCACAGCUGUCAGUCGUGGUUUAACCACCUGCAGAAAGCCCUGACCAAUCAGAAAGCAGCUCCACAGCGUCAACGCCCAGCUCGCCUGUCUCUGUACCCAGUGAUGGAUGUGGGGUCGAGGGGUUCAGUUCCACCGGCCAUCGAACGCUGCAUCUCCCACAUCACAACCUACGGUCUGAAGGUGGAUGGCGUGUACAGGCGCUGUGGCCUCGCUGUCAAAGUCAACAGAUUGGUGGAGGCUCUGAAGACGUCACCUAGAUCCGCCCCUCUGGAGAGUGAUGAGCAAGGUGUGUUGGACGCUUGCUCCGCCCUCAAACAGUAUAUCCGCCAGCAGGAGAGUUUGAUCCCCGACAGAGACUCACAGCAGUGGCAGCAAGCUGCAGAGAUUUCAGGUGAACACUCCAGGUUUUCAGCCUACCGUCGGUUGCUACGGCAACUUCCUGACGACAACCGAGCAACGCUGAACGCACUGUUUGGACACUUUUACAUGGUCCAGGUGAUGUCUCAGGAUAACAGGAUGUCUGCUCAUAAUCUGGCUGUGGUUCUGGUCCCGACUCUGUUUCAGACUAUGAACCAGGAUAUGCUCCGACUCACUAAAGAGUUUAUCAUCCAUCACACACUUCUGUUCCUGACACCCAGUGAGGAGCAGGAGGAAGAGCAGAUCACUGUCUUCUGAGGAGGAGGAGGAGGAGCAGAUGUUUGUGGCCGGUCUUGACUUCUUUUAACUUAACCUGAACUAACUUGCAUAACCAAGAUGACAAAGGUCCGGUACGCCUGGCGCUGGUACUCUCCCACGCUCAUAUCUGUGCUUUGGGAGUUAUUAUACAAAAUAUUCUGCGCAGGUUGGUUUCGGGAUGGAAGCUAGUGUUUUACAAAUGAUCAAACUUUUGCUACAGAUGUAAAUGAAAUAUUUGAUUGGUUGGAAUCUGUUGAUCACUUCAGGGUGUCCACACUGUUGUAGAAAAGGGUUUUAUUAUUAUCUCUUUUAUUAAAAUGUACAAAUAUAGGAGUUUAUAUUUUAUUAACACAAAUUUUGAGGAGAUGUCAGUCCAACUCCUCAUUUACUAUCAUGUAGACCACUCAUUAAAAGUCUGUUGUUCAUUUACUCAAA